AUGCCCUAUAUAUGCCAACUAAGAAUUCGCUUACAUGUCCAGCCUUUCUACUCCCUGCAAGAAGAGAUCAAAGCUGAAGCAGCAGCAACAAACAUGAAUGUGAAGGGCAUGGCUAUAGUCUUGGCUGUGAUAGUCUGUGCUACAACUUGUCAAGGUUUCCCAAUGUUCAAAGGGGGACGCUGUCUUUGCAUAGGUCCUGGAGUAAAGGCAGUGAAAGUGGCAGACAUUGAGAAAAUCUCUGUAAUAUACCCAAGUAACAGAUGUGACAAAACAGAAGUGAUUAUCACCUUGAAAGCACAUAAAAGACAAAGAUGCCUAAAUCCCAGAUCGAAACAAGCAAACAUUAUAAUAAAGGUAGGUUACCAGAUUACUUCCAAUUUAUAA